CAGUUGAACGCGCGCCGCUGUUGUAGAGUUACGCGUCGCGCGCGCCAUUUUUUACGAAAAUUCGGUUGUAUUUAUUUUCCAAAGACGUUAUAAAUUAUUGUCGCAGUGUUUCACAAUUAAUCCGAUAAACUAAUGUGUUAAGUUAUUAGUGUUGUGUAAAAACUGAUAAGUAAACCAAAAAUGCUCCGAUAAAGAUCAGCGGAUAACGGAGCGAUAUCAAAGUUUACGAGUUUUAGUGUCAGUGUUCUAAAUUCAAGUUUCGUCGGCAUUCGUGUUUUUUUCCAAAAAGUAAUUUAAAUCAAUCCAUUAGUCGUCUAUUCUAAAUUCAAAAACUACCUUGCGAGUGCCCUGAAUUCUACAAGUUAUCACUUCUAAAUUCAAAAUGUCGUAAUUCGAUCGUAUUAUACAUCACGUUUUGGAUUUAUACAUUUUUAUGUGCGGUUGUGUAUAAUGUAUGAGUAUGGGUGAGCCAACUAUACAUAAGACUUGUGUGAGGGUGAACUCUGCUGAUGAGGAAUCGAGAGAUGAGGUGGACCAUGACUUACCAAAGAAGAACCCUUUUAUACGGGGUUCAGAUCCCCGCGUUGCAACAUGCCGCGGCCGGUUGCAGACCAGACGGUGUCAGCUCAACCAAGAGAUAAAUAAGGAGCUUAGACUUAGAGCUGGAGCUGAAAAUUUGUUUAAGGCUACCACAAAUAGGAAACUGCGUGAGACGGUGGCCCUGGAGCUGAGUUUCGUCAAUUCAAACCUCCAACUCCUCAAAGAGCAGCUUGCUGAACUGAACUCGUCAGUGGAAUUGUAUCAGAAUGACAGCAAGGAGUGUGUAAUGCCGAUGAUUCCCCUUGGUCUAAAGGAAACCAAGGAAGUUGACUUCCGGGAGCCGUUCAAGGACUUCAUCCUGGAACAUUAUAGCGAGGAUGCUGCCUUAUACGAGGACCCCAUAUCGGACUUCAUGGAUAUGAGACAGGCCAUCCGAACUCCAGUACGAUCAACAGCUGGCGUGGCUCUCCUCUUUAAAUAUUAUAACCAACUAUACUAUAUCGAGAGGCGAUUCUUUCCACCCGAUAGAUCCCUUGGGGUCUAUUUCGAAUGGUUCGACUCAUUGACAGGAGUUCCUUCGUGUCAGAGGACUGUGGCGUUCGAAAAGGCCUGCGUUUUGUUUAACAUUGCUGGCAUAUACACACAGAUUGGAGCUAGACAGGAACGCAACACAUGCGCGGGUUUAGAUGGCGCAGUUGACGCGUUACUCCGCGCGGCGGGUACCCUUCGAUACAUCCACGAGAACUUCACAAAUGCACCAUCUGUUGACCUAGCUGCGCACACAUUGCUAGUAUUGGGAACGCUUAUGACUGCCCAAGCCCGCGAAUGCCUCUUCGAGAAACUCCAACUACAGGCGCGUGAAGCGUGUCGUGGUCGAGAUCGGGAAUUGCGCGACGACACUGACAUGUGCCUUGAUCUUGCGCAAGAGAGCGCGCAACUCGCGCACACAUAUAAUCAGUUGUAUGAAAAGAUGCAAACUGAAGGUGUGUUCAACUACGUGCCAUACUCGUGGGUGUCCCUCGUUCACGUGAAGACUGAGUUCUACCGCGCUUUGGCACAUCAGUACGCCGCUACCGGACUCCUACAUACCACCAGCGUGAUUCAUGCGAGGGAGCGACUAGCCGCCAUGUAUGGUCCGCCUGAUUGUAAUCAUAAUGGUUCGAUUUCCCCUACGUUCAAGUACGACGAGGACUUGGACCAUAUGGCCUUAGGCCGUGCGCACUUGGCUGAAGCUCUAGCGUUAUACGAGGAGGCUUUGAGGCUGCAGAGGAUGUGUCGUGAGUUACGUGGUAAAGAGGCAUUGUCUCUGGUAGUUGGGGCCCAUCGUGAGCGAGCGUCGCGGGACAAAGCUCAAUUGGCCGACGAACCAGACUUCGCAGACCUUCUUGAUGUACCCAAUAUACUGCCUUCAUCUAAAUUCCAAUUGGCCCUGACGCCCCCGGACUUUGCCCAACACAGAGUAGAGGACCUAUUUAAGACCCUCGGGCCUAUAGCUGUCUUCUCAGCUAAGAGGCACUGGAGCGCACCAAGACUCGUUCAGUUGCAGAGAGAUGGAGAAAGACGGAGGGAAAGAAGGAGUGAUAGACCAAAGCGAAAACCAAGCGACAAACGUGACCGUUCAGAAGACAACAGCACGUACUACGAAAAAUACGACUACGAAGUGACGAAACAAAAUGGCGUCUACAUCAACUAUGAGAGCCCCAAGGAGUAUAAGAGGGACUUAAGAAGAGCCGCCAGCGAAUACGAUAUGAAUGAGGAAGAAGGAUUCGGGUUUACUGUUAGAGGGGGGGCGCCAGUUGUCAUAGCGGCUGUUGAACCUAACUCAUUGGCUGAUAUGGCCGGUAUGAGAGAGGGUGACUUUAUAAUAUCUAUCGGCGAUACUGACGUGAAAUGGUCAAGUCACGAGGCCGUGGUAGCAUUAAUACAACGCGCAGGACGGACGCUAACACUACGACUUGCUACGCCCAUGGAUAGUGGAUCUAAUAAGUCAUCUCCUGAAACAAGUCGCCAAUCUUCAACCCCAGGGUCAGUAUCAGCGGCUUCCACGUCAAGUGGUUCCACUGGUGCCACAGCAAGAUCAUCCGCCCGAAGGAUGCCCUCCUGGAAUCCAUUCCGCAGACAUUCAGCGCGAGAUCACGCACCAGCUCAAACCAACGUCAUAUUCAGAUAGGUUGCUUAUUAUACCAAAACGUGUGUAAUGUCAAACUUCAAUGUCAAAUGGUCAUAACGAAUAGAGACAUGAAAGAGACAGCAAUGGUAGACUUUAAGUUUAUCCCUUUUUAUGUAAUACCAUUAUCGCUCUGUCUCUUUCUGUCUUGUUUUUGAAAGCAUUGUUAUGUCCAUUAUCUAUACCGUUUUUAGAUUCCAACUUGGUUCACUUAAGAAAUAUAACAGAUACUACUACUAAGUAGUUUAUUUAGUACUUUUACUAAAAAUAAUAUCCUAAAAGACGCAGAAAUUUAUUUUUUUACAAAAAUUUAAAAUGUGUGAAAGUUGUUUGUAACCCUUCCAAAUAUAACAUAGGUUAGUUGCAGAAAUAUAUUCCGUCCAUAAUUAUUUUGUUAACCCUGUCGGAGUAAACUAGUACUUAAUUUUUAAAAUGGCUAUGAUAUUCCAAAGUAUUUCCGAAUUUAAUAUAUAUUUUAAAACUAUUUAUUGUUUUUUACGUUUUUAAGCCACUCUCCCGCCUUUUUUCAUUUUCAACUGUCACUUCUUUGUCAUUUAAGACGUGCACAGUUGCCGAAAAAACGAUGUUUUAUAAGGCAGACAAUUUUAAUGGACUAUAUAUAACCUCUUUGUUAAAGCUUUUACUAUUUUGUCUAUUUAAAAACUUUAUUUUAUGUUCUGUUCCGUUUUUAACAAUUUACACGUAGUGAAGCUGAGCAUUCUCACAGA